GCGCGCCCACCCGGGAUACCGCGGCUGUGCCCCGCCUGCCGCUGCUGCCGCCGCCAUGGACAGCGACGAGGAGACGCUGGAGGAGACCGUGGAAGGGCACCUAGACGAUGAUGGGUUGCCACACGGGUUCUGUACCGUCACCUAUUCAUCCACAGACAGAUUUGAGGGGAACUUUGUGCAUGGAGAAAAGAAUGGCCGUGGCAAGUUCUUCUUUUUUGAUGGAAGCACCCUGGAAGGGUACUAUGUGGAUGAUGCCCUGCAAGGCCAGGGAAUCUACACCUAUGAGGAUGGAGUGGUCCUUCAUGGCACCUAUGUGGAUGGAGAGCUGAAUGGACCAGCCCAGGAGUAUGACAGUGACGGGCGGCUGAUAUUCAAAGGGCAGUACAAGGACAACAUUCGACAUGGAGUUUGUUGGAUUUAUUACCCGGAUGGAGGCAGCCUUGUGGGAGAAGUGAAUGAAGAAGGGGAGAUGACUGGGGAGAAGAUAGCCUAUGUGUACCCUGAUGGCAAAACUGCAUAUUCUGGAAGGUUCAUAGAUGGAGAAAUGAUAGAAGCAAAACUGGCAACUCUGACAUCUCUAGAGGAUGGGAAACCUCAGUUUGAAGUGGUACCAGGCAGCCCAGUAUACAGUUUUGACAAGUCUACUUCGUCUUGCAUUUCUACUAAUGCACUUCUUCCUGAUCCUUAUGAGUCAGAGAGGGUGUAUGUUGAUGUGUCUCUCAUUUCCAGUGCUGGAGAAGGAUUGUUUUCCAAAAUAGCAGCAGAAGCCAGCACUGUUAUGUCCUUCUACAACGGAGUGCGAAUCACACACCAGGAGGUAGAUGGCAGAGACUGGGCCCUCAAUGGAAAUACCAUAUCCCUGGAUGAUGAGACAGUCAUAGACGUGCCAGAGCCCUACAACCAUGCCGCCAAGUACUGUGCCUCACUGGGGCAUAAGGCAAACCAUUCUUUCACUCCUAACUGCAUCUAUGACCCGUUUGUCCACCCUCGCUUUGGGCCUAUCAAGUGCAUUCGCACCAUCAGGGCUGUGGAGAAGGAUGAAGAGUUAACAGUGGCUUACGGCUACGACCACAACCCCGUGGGGCAGAACGGGCCAGAGGCGCCGGAGUGGUACCAGCUGGAACUGAAAGCUUUCCAGGCCGCCCAGCAAAAGUGAAAGGGGGAAGCUCCUCCUUGGUUCAAGCAAACUGAAACAGAAUCUCGGAUCUAUGCACUACCUUUAUACUGAAAACUGGACAACCAGGGAUUGUUCAUGCUGUUGCAUCAUAACUUUGCAUCCUGUGUUAAGAGCUAAGUUUUCUUGCAUACUAACUAGGUUUGACUGUGUUACUCAUAGCAGAUUUAAAACAAAAUUAGCUAGUGUUGCACCAGUCUUAUCUGGAGAAAUUAUUUACUAUUCUAUAGGAGGUGUGGUAUUCUUUGGUAGCUUCUGCUUUUGCACCAUAUGCAAAGAUGCCAAAAGACUUAGACAACUGAAGUGGGUAUAGCAUUCACUUUUAGUCGGCAGACUUAGUGUUGCUCUCUUACCUGCCUAGGCAUUAUUGUGCAACUGCAUUUUGCAUAUAUGCCACUUGUGAUGGUAACAGUAACAUUUUGAUAUUCUCUGAUAGUAGCAUAACUUUGCCUUUUUAAACCUUUGAUCUGAAUCUUGCAAUAGAGCAGUUUAUUUAUUAGCAUCUAGGAGGCUGGGUUUUAACUCCCCCUUCCCUCUUGUCUGAACGUUGUUCUUUCUACGGAUCCUCUUUUGCAGGGGGGAAAACAAAAUCCUUUCUAACUAGUGGAAAGGCUUGUGUGUGUGUAUGUGAGAGUGCUGUGUGUUGGUCUCUGUGGCUCUCUUAAGUAGUAUAGCAACAUGUCCAAACCUAAUAUUUAUCUAGCCUUUUAACGGCUGGCUUCUUUUAUUGAGUUGAUGAUUAUGACACGCAAACGAAGCUGUUCUUUGCAUGAAGAUUUCUUUUUUUUGUUCUGAAAGGAGAAAAAUGGAUUUGCUUUGUUUUG